AUGACCGACAUCGAGAGCGCUUCCCUGCACAGUGCCACGCAUGGCGUCGUGGCCAAGGGGCACAAGUUCGGCCCUAUCACGCUGCCAGCGUACAGAUCGCCGCUUGCUCAAACCAUUAUCAUCGGCUUCGUUUGUUUCCUUGUGGUCGGCAUGUUCAAUGUCCUGGCCUCCCUCGGUGGUGGUGGACAGCUCACCGCCGAUCUGUCCAACAAGUCCAACAUCAUCCUGUACUCCAUCUUCGCUGGCCUGGCGCUCGUCUCGGGCUCCAUCUGUAACUACCUUGGACCCAAGAUCACACUCGCCAUCGGUGGCGUAGGAUAUGCUCUCUACGCUGCAUCGUUUUGGUGCUACAACCAUACCGGAAACGACGGAUUUGUGCUCUUUGCCGGCGCCGCCUGUGGAUUUUCCGCUGCAUUUCUAUGGACCGCAGAAGGAACCAUGUUGAUGUCGUACCCCACAGAGGACCAGAAGGGUCGCUACAUCAGUCUGUUCUGGACCAUCUGGAGUAUGGGUGCAGUCAUUGGUAGCAUCAUUCCGACGGCACAGAACUGGUCAAACACGUCCGCGGGCAGAGUCAACGACGGCACUUACAUCGCCCUCUUCAUCCUGAUGUUGUGCGGGUCUUUCCUCGCCCUGUGUCUUGUUCACCCAAGCAAGGUCGUGAGAGAUGACGGCACAAAGGUUUACGUCGUCAAGCACGCAUCGUUGGCGACCGAGCUGAAGAACGUGGUCAAGUCGGUCAAGGUCGAGCCGUGGAUCAUUCUUUUCUUCCCCUACGCCUUUGCCGGUCUCUGGUAUGGCGUUUACCAGAGCAACGACUACAAUGCGUAUUUCUUCAACGUCCGAACUCGGUCGUUCAACUCCAUCUGGUACAACGUCGCCCAGAUGGUCUCGGCUGGUCUGCUAGGUCUGUUCUUGGACAUCAAGUACUUUACCCGACGGACGAGAGCGUUGCUGGGAUGGGUCAUCAUGUUCGUCUGCUUCAAUGCCGUGCUAAUCGGCGGUGUCUUCCCUCUCCGAAAAUCCAGUCGUUCGCAUCCUGAGGAGAAGGUGCUCGACGUCAAAGACAGCGAGGCUGGAGGCUACAUUGCCCUCUACUUCUUUUAUGGCUUCCUGGACGGCGGUUGGCAAUGCUACGCGUACUGGAUCAUGGGUACACUGUCCAACGAUCCCCUGGUGCUGAGCAUGUAUGGUGCCUUUUACAAGGUCUUUGGUGCUGCAGGAAGUGCCAUCGUUGCCUCUCUAGACGAACAGAAGAAGUCAUAUGUGACCAUGUUCGGCUCAUACUGGGGCCUCACGGCCGGCUCGCUUGUGGUCUUACUGCCGCUGGUGCUCAAGCGCGUCACAAACACCAGUUACACCACUGAAGCGGCAAGCUCAGUGAAGAUGGUUGGUGCCGGUGGCAUGCAGGCCGGCAUGGCUGUCGGUGUCGAUAUGGAAAUCGAGGGUGAAGAGAAGGAAAUGAAGACAGUCAAAUAA